GACUGGCCAGCCGCCGGGCCUUCCGAAUGUCCAGGCCACAGCCGGGUCCCGAGGAGCCCGCGAGCCCGCGCCGCUAAGUCCGUGCGUGGCUUUCCCGUCUUCCGCCUUCGUGGAUAGCUGAGAGCUGACCAGAGCUGGAAGCACCCGGGUCCAAAGGUGGCAUGCCCUUGGCAGGGCUGGAGUGUGUAGCCGUGCGGUGUAGCCUACACAAGCAUGUUCAACCAGCAACUCCAGCAGCAGCAACAGCUCCAGCAGCUGCAGCAGCAACAGCUCCAGCAGCAGCAGUUGCAGCAACAGCAGCAAUUGCUGCAGCUCCAACAGCUGCUACAGCAGCCCUCACCACAGACCCCCUUGCCCAUACCUGUCAGCCGGGGCCUCCCCCAGCAGGCAUCCCCGCAACAGCUUCUGAAUCUCCAGGCCACCCACUCGGCCUCCCUGCUCAAUGGCUCCGUGCUGCAAAGAGCUUUGCUGCUGCAGCAGUUGCAAGGACUGGACCAGUUUGCAAUGCCACCAGCCACGUAUGACAGUGCCGGCCUCACCAUGCCCACGGCAGCAUUGGGCAACCUCCGGGCUUACAACAUGGCAGCCCCAAGUCUGGCAGCCCCCGGCCUCGCAGCACCCCAGAUGGUCCCUCCAGCUCUACAAGAGUUCUUUCCCCAGGCCACCCGGCAGUCCCUGCUGGGCCCUCCCCCUGUUGGGGUCCCAAUGAACCCUCCUCAGCUCUGCCGCUCAGGGAGGAACCCCCAGAAACAGGCAAGACCCCCCUCUUCCACCGUCCCCAGUCACAAGGACUCUUCUUCCCAGACAGUUCCUCUGGGAGACAGGGAGGACCCCACAGAGGGGUCUGAAGAAGCCUCGGAGCUGCAGAUGGACACACCUGGAGACCAAGAGUUACUAAUCUGCCCAAACGGCGUGGUGAGUGAGAGCCCAGUGCCUGAGCCUGAGCCUGAGCCUGAGCCCUUGGAGGCGUUGGAACCACCAGCCAAGAGGACAAAGAGCUCAGAGGAGUCCACAGAGAAAGGGCCUACAGGGCAGCCACAAGCAAAGAGCCAGCCCCAGAUGACAGCACUGAAGCAAACGCAGACCCCAGAUCAACUGCCUGAGGCACCAGAAGCACAGGCCCUGCCACAGUUCCAGCCACAGGCUCUGCAGAUCCAGGCUCAGGCUCAGCCAAGGCUGCAGAAGCAGGCCCAGACACAGACCUCCCCAGAGCACUUAGCGCCGCAGCAGAGUCAGGUACAGCCACGGGGGCAGCCACAGACACAUCCACAGGUACCCACCCAAGCACAGCCACAGGAGCAGCCUUCAGGACAGAUGCAGGAACAGACGUCAGAGAAGACCCAGGACCAGCCUCAGGCCUGGCUACAGGGGCCAGCUCCCCCACCAGAGCAAGCGUCAGUUCCAGCCUGUGGCACAGAACCACAGCCACCGUGUGCCGCUGCAGGAGCUGGGGGAGGCCCAGAGGAGGCCUCGCCAGAACCAGUAGAUGCCCAAAGCAGUGAAGACAAGAGCCAGGAGGUGCCGGCUGAAGGCCUGGAUGCGGGAGAAUGUGAAAGAAGAGCCAGAGAGAUGCUCGGGAUGUGGGGAGCUGGGGGCUCCCUGAAGGUCACCAUCCUGCAGAGCAGCGACAGCCGGGCUUUCAACACCACACCCCUCACGUCUGGGCCUCGCCCUGGGGACCCCACCUCUGCCGCCCCUGCCCUUGGCAGCGCACCCUCCAGGCAGAGCCUUCAGUUCUUCUGUUAUAUCUGCAAGGCCAGCUGCAGCAGCCAGCAGGAGUUCCAGGACCACAUGUCAGAAGCUCAGCACCAGCAGCGGCUUGGGGAAAUGCAGCACUCGAGCCAGACCUGCCUGCUGUCCCUGCUGCCCAUGCCUCGGGACAUCCUGGAGAGAGAGGCAGAAGAGCCUCCUCCAAAACGCUGGUGCAACACCUGCCAGGUGUACUACAUGGGAGACCUGAUCCAGCACCGCAGGACACAGGAGCACAAGAUCGCCAAACAAUCCCUGAGGCCCUUCUGCACCAUAUGCAACCGUUAUUUCAAGACUCCUCGAAAGUUUGUGGAGCAUGUGAAGUCCCAGGGACACAAAGAUAAGGCCAAGGAGCUGAAGACACUUGAAAAGGAGAUGGGCAGCCCGGAGGAGGACCACUUCAUCACAGUGGAUGCUGUUGGAUGCUUUGAGAGUGAUCAAGAAGAGGAUGAGGAUGACGAGGAAGAGGAAGAGAUUGAGGCUGAGGAGGAAUUCUGCAAGCAGGUGAAGUCAAGAGAUACAUCUCUAGAGGAAUGGAAAGGCCCAGAGACUUACAGCCCCAACACGGCAUAUGGUGUGGACUUCCUGGUGCCCGUGAUGGGCUAUGUCUGCCGCAUCUGUCACAAGUUCUAUGACAGUAACUCAGGAUUGCGGCUCUCCCACUGCAAGUCACUGGCCCACUUUGAGAACCUGCAGAAAUACAAAGCAGCCAAGAACCCCAGCCCUGCCACGAGGCCCGUGAGCCGCAGGUGUGCGAUCAACGCCCGGAAUGCUUUGACUGCGCUGUUCACCUCUAGCAGUGGCAGUGGCCGCCCACCCAGCCAGCCUGGUACCCAGGAGACAGCGAAAAUACCCAGCAAGGUGAAGCCUGGAUCCCUCAGCCCCCCUCCCCCCCUUCGGCGCUCAACUCGCCUCAGAACCUGAUAGAGGGAGCUCUGGCCACCCAGCCUGACUAGGGCGGGAUCUGCUAAUGCCUUCUAGGUGUCUCCGUGGAAAUGUUCACAUGGCUGGUGUUUUUACUCAAAAUUCAAUAAAGUGUUGUCUGACUUUGCAGUCCCCACCA